GGUGAGCUGCGCUGUGAAGAGCACGUCAGAUACUCCCAAGACCACUUCAACUCAAACGACGCAAUUCUGCUUGACACGGUUGAUGUGUUGUACAUCUGGGUUGGAAGCAAAUGUGCAGUCCAGACACGAAAACUUGCACUGAGUGCGGCGCUUGAAUAUGUCAAGAAGGGGAAGAGUGAGGAGUUGCGAAAGCGACCAGUCAAGUUGGUCAGUCAAGACAGUGAGCCAUACGUGUUCACAACACAUUUCCAUGGGUGGCAAGAAGGUGCAAAGCAGAAGUGUAGUGUCAACGACAACACACUCGAUGCCGUCGACGAGUACAAGAAGUACUUCAUCAAGUACUCGUACGACGACCUUGUCAACAAGAAGUUCCAAAAAGGCAUCGACGAACAAUCACUCGAGACUUACCUUUCAGACGAAGAAUUCCAAACGGUAUUUGGAAUGACACCAGAGGCCUUCCAAGCUCUCCCAACGUGGAAAAGAGCGACUUUGAAAAAACAGAAGAAGUUAUACUAA